AUGAGGUGCAUAUCUUGCGAGGGCAUAUACAACAGAGAUGACCCCGGCACGUGCAAGCAGUGCCACGAGGACCACAAGGCCAAGCUUGCUUUUCUCACGACGACCCAUCCAUCUUCCUUCUCCGACAUCUUUCUGUUUGCCUCCGACGACAAAGAGGCCGCUCGACCCGUUCCGGCCCAUAAGGCCGUUUUGGUGAGCCGUUCUCCAGUGUUGAGAGCUAUGCUUGAAAAUGAGAUGGAAGAAAGCCGGAGCGGCACCAUCAAGAUUGGCGAAGUGUCCUACAGCGCCCUUUAUACCUUUGUGAACUACCUAUACACAGCUGAGGUAUGCCUUGACAAGCAAUUGGCAUGUGACCUCCUAGUAAUGGCUGAAAUAUACCAGGUGCAACAUCUCAAAAACUACUGCCAGAAGUUCUUGGUGUCCAACCUCAACUUGGACAAUUCACUUUUGACCUACACCUUUGCGCACCAGCAUAACGCUAAGCCGGUCAUCCAUGCAGCCUUGACGUUGAUCAUAGACAACAUGGACAAGCUUACUGCCCGGGAGGAGUAUGCUGAACUGAAGGAGAAAGAUCCACAACUUGUAUUCGAAAUCUAUGAAGCUUUUCUCUCCAGACAUUCUUCAUUUUCCUGUGUGCGCACGGUUUCUUCUACGUCUUACAGUGACGACAGUGAAAGUGAGGGCAGUGACUAG